UUCAUUAGUCGGGCCAAAUAGUCCAACGGACAACGUCAAUAUGGAGAAAUCAUUGUGUUUGUUACUUGUUUUGUGUAGUGCGUUAUUGGAAGUUCAAAGUUUAGAAUGCUACGUCUGUGAUAACUGCUCUAAAGCCAAACUAGAUGACAUAAAAACUUGUGGGCCUACAAUGAUUUCCGGGCUAUCGACUACUAUUCUGCCGAUAACAGAAUCUUCCGUCACUACAACAGUGACGACAAGACUUCCAACCACUUCUACGUCAACUACACUUAAACCUACAACAGUAGCUGUAUCGGAAUUUACGACUACUUCAACAACAAUUACUACAGAAGCUAUAAGUACCUCCACGACGACAGAAGCUCCUACUACAACAGAAGCAGGACCUACUUCCAUAGAAUCUACAACGACGCCAAUAGUAGGUUCCUCAACAGCGAAAGCUGCGGUGGUAUCUUCAAAUACUGCAGAUUCUAUACCUUUAUCUACCGACACUAUUUCUGAUUUACCAAGCACGGCUACAGAAUCCCAACAAAUCACACCAGCCACAGAUGCUGCAAUCACUUCAGCAUCAAUGAUAACCUUAACAGAUGCUACAAUAAGUUUCAUAACAUCUUCUACGGAACCUGCAAUAUUUAAAGAAACAUCCGAAGCAGUAAUCAUAACAGAAAAAGAGCCUAUUCCAACAGACAGUGAAAUUUUAUAUAUUUCUUCAAUACCUACAAGACCGCCAUCGUCAGUGCCAGUUGCAACUUUUCCUGUAACCGAACCUACAAUCCAGACGUUUUCAACAUUGCCUACAUUAGCAGAACAGAACACAGAACAAGCAGUACAGAAUAUUCCUAAUAUUCCAAUACUGUCUCCGGUAGCUGCAGAGCCCAUGGCCGCGAAUGAAUAUAUGACACGGAGACCUACGAUUAAUAAUCUCAGGCCUGAAAAAGAAACAAAUGCUACAUCCAGUUCAAGAAGAAUGAGGUCCUCGUCUGAGCCGUGUGCGUGCAAACAUGAAGAAAAAUGUGACUGUUCAACCCACCAACGAUCGAAAAGAUACACUUUGAGAGGUCUGGGCUUGACGAUGGAACCCGAAUACGUUUGCUUCGUGGAUAAAUACAAAAUAAACGAGACGGAGAUCGUGAAAAGAGGAUGUGCCAUCAAGGAAGCAGACGAAAAGACUUUAUGCACGAAACUGGGCUUCGGACGUGAAUGCAAGAUCUGCGACACCCACCAAUGCAACAGUGCUGCCAUCUUACAAGCUUCUGUACUGUUAAUGUUUAGUCUGUGCUUCAUUUGAUACUUUUUUUAUUGCUGUGACAAUAAAUUGUAUUUAUUUGU